AUGAUCCACCGCGAAGUAGCCGAUGGUCUAGAGCGUCUUUGGAACCAUGUGGCAGACCAGGUUGAUAAGAGGUACUUGAUUAGAUUCAGUUAUAUUGAAAUCUACAAUGAAAAGAUCAAUGACCUCCUGGAUAAGAGCAAUCAGGGUUUAACUAUAAGAGAAGAUAUCAAACGUAAUGUGCUGCUUGAUGCAAGGGAAGCUGUCGUAGACAAUGUUGAUCAAGUUAUGGAGAACAUGAUGCAGGGCAAUAAGAUCAGACGAGUUGCAGCUACUCGCAUGAAUGAGAGGUCAUCUCGAUCACACACGAUUUUCCGGAUUAUUCUGGAGUCGAAAGAUGCCAAUCAGAAAGAUGGACCUGUACAUAUAAGCUACCUUAACUUAAUGGACUUGGCUGGUUCUGAGAGAGUUUCUCUGACGAAAGCUGCUGGUGAGCGUCUUGAAGAGGGGGCUAACAUAAACAAAUCUUUGUCAGUAUUAGGAAAUGUGAUAAGGUAA